UGACCUAGCAUUUAGAUGUCAUUAUUAUACCUACCACCCGCUAUUCUCCUCCCUCUCCCGUGAAGACCGGUCUGACCUCACGACACUCCCAAAUGCACCAUAGCCCACUCUUACAUGCAUUCCACACACGCACCACUACCCAUUAAUCCCAUACAAACGCUCAACGAACCAAUCCCACAACUUUCCAUGCCACCACAUCCUACCCAUUUCCAUACAACAACCAGCCGAAGCUCCAACACAACUCACGCCGCGCUUUAUCAUCCAGGCGGUUCUCCGCUGCCACUCGAGCCCAUCCCAUCCGCACUUUCAUCAUGCCCUUUUUCCUUCCUGCAUCCAACCUAGUUCGUGCCUUCUAUUCCCCAUCGCUACGCGGGGAUAGUGACC